GAAACUAUAAAAAUAAUUUUCACGUUGUACUAAAAUUUUCACAGCUAUAUUAGAAAGAAACAAAUCAUCAGGAUUAAAAGAUAUGUAUUCCGCAGCUUACGCAUAUAAUACAAUUUUAUGUAUUGUUGAAAUAUACCUUACAACCAUGCUGAUUAUUGGUCUCGUCAAAGCCGCCAAAAUACCCAGAAGAGGAAAACGGCAAACUUAUAAAUUUUGGUUGUUGAUAACCAUCUCUAUUGGCGCCUUCGUAUCUGUUUGUGAUUCAGUCUUAUAUUAUUUAUUAUUGGUCGCUGGUGAUUUUCUACCACAUCUAUGUGACGGGAUAAUCAACGCAAAGUGUAUUACUGUAUCUUUGUCAUUAGGCUGUACUUAUACCAUGAUGUGGUUACGACAGAGGACAUUAUACUUGGAUUCUGCAAUUGAAAGGUGGGGCCCGAGGCAUGCCAAAAAAUUCAGCACUGCUGUCGGUAUAAUACUUGUAGUAUUAGUAGUAUUUAAUGCAGCUUUAUUUAUCGCGACUCAAAAACAUGAAGGAGUGGACACGCUUGGCUGCAUUUUGGUUUCUUCUGUAAUUCCAAACUGGGUGGCAUUCAUAAUACUUGGAACCAUUUCUGCAACUAUGGAAUCCAUAUUGCUGUUUUUAUUCAUCUAUCCUUUGUUAAAGUACAUGAAAUCAUCAACUCUGGAGCGACAAAACCUGAACUAUAUUCCCCAAGUUACUUUACGAGCAUUCUUCACCACGUUGGUUUGUGUUUUAUCGGAUGUCGCUGCUUCUGCAUCUUCAAUAAUUCUAAUACAUGAGCACAGAGUUGCAACGGCAUCCAUAGGAUUACAGAUAAGUAUCCUAAUCAAUGUUAUUUCUUGCAUUGCAUCAUUUAAAAAAUGGAAAAUACUGAUUUUGCGGUUUAACAACGUUUCACCUACUGACGAGAAUAUGGAGACGACAGAGCGGAACGGCAAUUGAGGCUAAUAUUAUA